UCCCCCACCACACAACACACGCCCCUCACCUCCAUCCAUGAACCAUCCAUCCAUCCUUUAUAUAUGCCCCAAGAGCAACCUAACGCCGGAUUCUUUCUUUCAGCCAUCGCAGCUCACAAGUUUCCUCGCAAAAAAAUCACAGCUUGGGGACGACGUACGAGGCGUAAGGGCACUGCUGUAGACUGUAGAGUAUGGCCACGCUCUCUUCCUGCAGCCGCCUGAGCACCGGCGGCGCCGCCCUCCACCGCCGCCCCCGGCGGCCGGCAGGCGCCGCGGUCGUCGCCUGCCACCGGAGCGCCAGGGUAGUCCGAACUGGCGCCGCGGCGGCACCUGCCGCGGCCACGGCGCCCGCCGUGCCGCAGACCAAGCAGUGCUCGCUUCCGACAUGGGCGGAGUUCGAGCUGGGCAAGGCGCCGGUCUACUGGAAGACCACGACCGGCCUUGCUCCAUCCCCGGGAGAGGGCCUGACACUUUUCUACAACCCAGCGGCGAACAAGAUAACUCCCAACGAUCAGUUCGGCGUCGCGUUUAAUGGUGGUUUUAACCAGCCGAUCAUGUGCGGUGGUGAACCGAGGCAGAUGACGCUGCAAGAAAGGGGCUCAGCUGAUCCUCCCAUAUACACCAUCAGGAUACUUGUGCCGCAGCAUGCCAUGACCCUGAUCUUCUCCUUCACAAAUGGGGUGGAUUGGGAUGGGCCGUACACCCUCAAGUUCAGGGUCCCCAAGCCAUGGCUGAACAAGCCCUUGAGCUUCUUCAACGAGGGUCUCGCAGACGAACUGAACAGGGAAGGCGCCUGCGACAGAGCCAUCUUCCCAGAUGCAAACAUUGUCAUCACAAGCUGCGAGAUGGGCAGCUACUACGAAGAGGGGGGAGAUCGCUGCAAGCUGGACAUUGUGUCCGGGUGCAUGGACCCGAACUCGCACCUGUUCGAUCCUCUCGCAACCGUGGAUGACGGCUCCUGCCCACUGGAAUCUGACUCCGAGGAAUGAAUUGAACCGCAAGUUCUAUUAGCAACGAGAAGCUGUAAAUCUGUAAUGGCCACUGUUGUUCAUGUUGUAUAGAAAAAGAAAGAAGCGACAUGGUGCAGUUUGAUAUGAUACGUAGCCACACAGGAAAUUACAGUUCUGUGAUAGAAUGAUAUUAGGUCAUAAUGUCUGCUGCAUUUCAGUAUAAAGGGGAAGAAUAUACAGCUGAAUUUAAUAGAGAUCAACCUAUACAAAUA